CAAAAUGGCGGCCAGUGUCCGCCAAGUUACGAGUCGCCUGCCCGUUGUGGUAAUCCUAGGAGCUACCGGCGCCGGAAAAUCCAAACUAGCCAUAGAUAUCGGAACCCGAAUGAACGGAGAAAUCAUCAGUGCGGAUUCCAUGCAGGUGUACAAAGGACUAGACAUUAUCACGAACAAGGUAACAGAGGAGGAACAGCGGGCGUGUGUGCAUCAUGUGUUGGACGUCGUCAGUCCGCUACGCCGCUUUACCGUGGUGGACUUCAGAAACAAGGCGCUGCCCAUCCUUGAAGACAUCCUGGACAGACAAAGACUGCCCAUCAUCGUGGGGGGAACCAACUAUUAUAUUGAGUCUCUGCUGUGGAAGGUGCUCAUCAGUCCACCGGAGGAUCAGGAGGAGACCAGCCUCCUGUUUGACCGUGAGGAUGCGGCAGACGAGAUGAUGACGGAUGCAGACCUCCACUCCCAGCUGGCCGCGGUGGACCCCGCCAUGGCUGCACGACUUCACCCUAAUGACAGGAGGAAAGUGGCCAGGAGUCUGCAGGUGUUUCAGCAGACAGGUGUUCCCCACAGCAUCCUUCUACAGGAACAGUCCACGCAGGAGGGGGGUGGGCCUCUCGGGGGGCCCCUCAGGUACACCAACACCUGCAUCCUCUACCUCUCCUGCCAACAGCAAGUUUUAGACGAGCGGCUUGACAAACGUGUGGACACUAUGUUGGAACAAGGCUUGCUGGACGAGCUUGCUCAUUUCCACACGGAAUACAACAAGGAGAUAGUUGAUGCAAACAGACAAGACUACACACGAGGUAUAUUCCAGUCUAUUGGGUUUAAGGAGUUCCACAAGUACCUGUUGCUGGAGGAAGAGCGGAGGUCGUCAGACGAGGGGCAGCGGCUGCUGCAGGAGGGUGUCGCCGCGCUGAAGACCGUCACCCGACGCUACGCUCGCAGGCAACUCAAAUGGAUCAGAAACAGGUUUCUAAAACGUCCAGGUGGGAAUGUGCCGCAGGUGUUCCAGGUGGACUCUACCAACUACCCUGGCAGGUGGGAGGAGGAUGUCCUGCAGCCGGCACUCAGCAUUGUCCAGGCUUACGUACAGGGUAGGGAUCCCCCUGUCCCCCCUGUGCCGUAUGAGGAGCCCAGACAGGUGGACCGACACACAGCCUACACCUGUGAGGUGUGCGGAGGGAGGGUCAUCACAGGACAGCUCAGCUGGGAAGCCCACCUGGCAUCACGGACACACCAGAGAAAAGCCCGGAAACAGCGGUUGCGUGAGGCAAUGAAGCAGCAUCAGCUGGAGAAAGCUCAGCAAUCCAGUGAGGCAAGUGCUAGCUCAGGGGAAGAUGACUUUGCUCAGUCAUUUAGUGCAAUGUUAGAGGAUAAGAAAGACUGAAAGUAAAUUGCUUACAUGUGAACCUAUUGUCACUGCAGAAAGAUGUAAUAAGUGAUUGUAAUUUCACUUAACUGUUGUUUUUGUCCGUGUGACGAAAAGAAACUGAACGCUUGAAACUGUGAACUUAUUGUGCAGGUUAACAAUUCAAGUUCCAGCAACAAAACUUUAUCUAUGAUGUUAUCAGGCAACCUCUGCCUAGAAAAGAAUGCUAUUAUUAUUACUCCACCACACAAAAUGAAAACUUUUAUUACACAGUUGGUUUGUCUGAAGGAGACUGAACUGCUGCAGUGCAGAAGGAAAGCUGCAUUCUUAGUCUUCCAUUAUAGUGUAAAUACAAACCUGCGUAGAAUGUACAUAUUCCCUAUUUUUUGUAUCGUUCAAAAUGUCAAGACUGCCAUUGUGAAGCAUUUUAAGAGCCUGGAAAUACCCCUAGUAUGUAAGGGAUUCUUGCCUAUGGAACUGGCACUGUAAACUUCCCAAUGAUUGCUAGGAGCUAACUUUGAUUUUUAGAAUGUUGCUUCACAGAAAAAUAUUUACAUUGUAGGUCCAAAUAUUGCAUAAAAAGUAUUAAAACAUGAUCAUGAUGAGGAUGAGUUUCUUGAACUAUUCAUUGUGACUCUUUAUUAAAUCGUAGUAUAUAUAAAGUAUGGGUUGCCCCC